AUGUCUUUCUUAAUGCAGCAGAUGCUGGGGGAUAAGUUAAAGAACAUGAUGGGAGGAGGAGGAGGAGGUGAAGACUCGGGGCCGGCUGCGGGAGACGGGAAGGAGACCGCCGCGUCUAAGGGAAUGACCCGAGAGGAGUUCGAGGAAUACCAGAAACAACUGGUGGAGGAGAAGAUGGAGCGGGAUAAGGAAUUUGCUACAAAGAAAGCAGAAAGAGCCAAUCUGAGAGUGCUGCUAAGAGACAAAUACAGACUUCCACAGAGCGCACAAGACGACGCGACGGUCCAGAUAGCGGGUGACGACUUGGACGUGCCUGAGGAAUUGGCUAAAAUGGUGGAGGAGGAUGAAGAGCAAGAGGAAAUCAACGAUUCCUUCAUGGGCAGAUUGCAAAACAUGGAAAUGGACUUCGAUACGAUCAAAGCCAAAGCUCAGAGCACGAUAACAGAAGUCAAGCAAGCAGCCGAGGAAAAGUGUGUCCUGAUGUGAGAUCGUCGUGUUCGCUCUGAGCUUUUUAUCUGGCAAACCGUAUAGAAGUUGUAGGAUUUUCAUUAAACUUCAUUAUCUGUUCCAGGAAUUUAUUACGUUUGUAUGAACAAAAUCUUUCAUCCAAUACUGUAUGAUCA